UUGAGCCGCUGAGGGAGAAAGAGGAGGGGACUGGGACGGUUUCUCUUUCGGAAUAGGAAAGGCGAGAGAGAAAGGAAACGAUGGCAACGAGAGCAGAUGCUCUGGUGGUCUCUUCGCUGCCCGGUGGUGAUGUCAAACCUUUUACCCCAGAAGAAGCCAGAGAAAUUGUGAUGUCUCUCCAGAAACCUGCAGUUUUCUGCAACAUGGCUUUUGAUUGGCCAGCAUUUCACUGGAAUGCCAUAUAUCUUGCUAAGCUAUUGGCUGGAAAGAGAAUGCGUUUUCGAAUAGGAAUGAAGGACACGAGCACAGCUCCUCUGUUUGAAACGGAAUGCAGUUACGUGGAGGCUACACUUGAAGAGUUUCUGGCCUGGAGUGGGAAACAGCCAUCGCGCUCCUGUGGACCAUUCAGUGGUUAUGAGUUGUGUAAAUACUGGACUUACGCUGACUAUAAGUAUAUUGCUAGGCUAUUUGAAGAUAAGCCAGAAAAUUUCCAGGACAUAAGAUGGUCCGACUUUGGAUUUCCUGAAAGAAAUGGAAGAGAGAGUACUCUGUGGAUUGGCUCAGCAAGAGCUAACACUCCUUGUCAUUUGGACUCCUAUGGGUGCAACUUAGUGCUACAAGUGCAAGGAAGGAAAAGAUGGCAUCUCUACCCACCUGAAGACUCCAGUUUUCUUUAUCCUACCAGAAUUCCCUAUGAAGAAUCCAGCGUCUUCAGCAGGGUCAAUGUGGUCAAUCCUGAUUUGAAAAGCUGCCCACAGUUUAAGAAAGCAAAGGCCCAUGUGGUUACGCUUCAACCUGGCCAGGUCCUGUUUGUUCCCAGACACUGGUGGCAUUACGUAGAAUCCAUUGACCCAAUCACUGUUAGCAUAAACUCAUGGAUUGAACUGGAUGCAGAUCAUGAAGCCCGUGUAGAAGAGGCAAUAACUCGAACGCUGAUAUGUGCAAUCAAAUCUGCUGAAACCACCAGUGCAUCAGAUUCCUGGCUCAACCCCACAGAGGUUGAAGUAACUUCCCAUGAAACCAAUCUUCAGUAUGUAAAUGGGGCUGUUUCUGCAUAUUUAGAGCACCAGAAGACUAGUAAAAUUGAAGACAUAGACCCUAGAACUGAAGAGGUUAGUCAGUACCCAUGUAAAAGAAAGAAGGUCCAAGGGAGAUCAGAACCUGAAGACUUCCAGUUGACGUCCUGUGAAUCUAGCCUAACCAUGAUCAAAAGAAAGAAACUGGAAAACAUUCCAUUUGGACACAAUCUUUUUCAGGUUUUACCACAAUUCUGGGAAACAGAUUCAACUGGUUUAGCUGAAAAUGACAGUAAAGGGUCUCCAAAUGAAAAUGAUGAACACUUUGGGAAAUUGCAUUGUGCUGGGAAGACAUCAGAUGUGAUUGGUGAUUCUGGAGCAUUAAUAGAUCAGAAGGAUCCAGGAUGUAGUACCAUCUCUCCACAAGCAGUUAUUUGUACAAAUGAUUUGCUAGAUUGUGUGCUAAAUCCCCAAGUCAUCCGUUUAAUGGCUCAACUUUUGAUAGAAAGAGCAAGUGUUUAAAAUGUGUGCCUUUCUGAAAAUAAAAAAAAGAAUGACAUGUA